AUGUGGCUAAGGGUAAUACAAGUGAUACUAGGAUUAUUCAUAUUGUUCACUGGCCUGACGGAUGGACGUCUGCUUAAGUUCACGAAUGUCAAGUGUAUGGAUUUACCAACAAAUGAUGGAAUUACCAAAUACGAGUAUUGUCGUUUGAAGGUCGUCAAACGGAACUAUGUGGAAUUAUCCCUGAAAGUCAGCUUACUGCAAUUGCCUAUCAAAAACUUAACCACAAGGUUGCAGUGUUUUCAACGCACCGAUGGAUAUCGUCCCUUUAUGUAUAAUGUCUAUUUUGAUUUUUGUAAAUUGAUGGCUUCUCACAAAUACGAUAUAUCUAUCGAGAGAUUCGUCUUUAAUGCAAUACGUAAACACAGCAAUUUUAAUCAUUCGUGUCCCUGGAACGAGAAUCACAUGACUGUGGAGAAGUUUGCUCUGGAUUUUACCAAAAUAAAUAUGCCGGUACCAUCGGGUGUUUAUCGUUUUGAUUUUACAUUUUAUUCCUAUGGCAAACCAUUGACAUUGACGCAAGUCUACUUUGAGAAAAUAGAAUAAUGUUCUAAACAAAACUAGUUGUGUUUCUGUUAACUGCAAAUUUCUGGCAAACAAUUAAUUAUAUUAUAGAAAUAU